AUGGGUCAUUUGACCCGUUAUGAUAAUAGUCUGAUAGUAAAAGAUACAUAUAAGAAACUGGGACCAGGACAAACCAUCACACCAAGUCAUUCAAUUGAUUCCAUUUUAGGACUUAAAAACUACACAGAAGAAGAAUCUGAACAAACAAAUAAUGACGCACUGACAAAUCGAAUCAAUCUUUCAAACAACCAAGUAAUUUAUUUAAAUAACAUAAACACAAUUGACAUAGAAAAUACAUCCAACGUUUCUAAUACUGUUGCUGAACCACCAGAAACAAACAAAAUUGUAACAGAGUUUAUAAACUGCAAAAAUAUUAACGAUAGAACGCGUGAUAGUUUUCCAAAUGCUGCUAAACAUAAUUUACACAAAAAUUCAGAAUUCCAAGCUAUUGAUACAAGGCAAUUAUCAUCAAUUCAACAACUUUCGUGCAAUUUAGGAUAUUCAUACCAAUAUGUUAAUAAUAAUUCAAACGAAGAAGAGAAUCAUAAAAGUUUAUAUAAUAUAAAUUUAUGCGAAAUCAACUGCAAAUCAAGGAAUAAUGAUUUUAUGGAAAAUACUUGUUGUAAUAAUCAAAUUUCAAUUGAAAGUGAAAAAUGCUUAGAUAAUAUCAAAAAUGGAAACAGCAACUUUGAAUAUAAUAUGCAAAACUGCGAAGACUCGUCAUCACUUAAUGACGAGGAUAAUAAAGAUAUUUUGAAGAAAAAAACAGUAGAUUUUAAACCUGAAUCUAGCUUUGCGACAAUUGGCUUUGCUGAAGCUCGAUUGCUUUCGAAUAUUCCAUCAACUCAUAAAUAUCCCUUUGAAAACCAAAAAUUGGGGCAAAAUGAAGAUCUGCCUUUUAAAGAAAAUAAAAACAAUAGGCUCAGUGAAUCGUCUGAAUUCGAAAUAUCUACAGAUUCUGAAAACAAAAAAUGUUAUGUGAGCAAAGAAAACAUAAAUUCAUACGAAAAUAUACAACAAAAAAAUUAUAUAGAUUUAGAAUAUAACACUGACGGUGCUAAUAUUAGAGAUUCAAGUGAAAACUCGGAUAAUUUAUCUAUUAUUUCAUUACAACUAACCCAAUUUCAGUCUCACCCUGAGGAAAAAUUUAAUAAUACUCAAAACUAUAAAGAUAAUCAAAAACAAGUGGAAAUUGAUAAUGAUAAUCGCAGUGUGCAUGAAAACCAAAAUUCUAAUGAUGAAAUUAUUCAAACAAAUGAUCAACAAGGGAAAUCAAAAGGCAGUAGUGAUGAAGAGAGCUUUCAAGGUCAAGAUGAUUAUUCAAAAAAAAAACACAGAAGGAAUCGUACAACAUUUACAACUUAUCAGUUACAUGAGCUAGAGCGUGCUUUUGAAAAAUCACAUUAUCCUGAUGUUUAUUCUAGAGAAGAACUAGCUAUAAAAGUCAAUUUACCUGAAGUACGGGUUCAAGGUUUAUAUAAAUAUGCGUAUGGGUAAAAUUUUGGCUCAAAUGUGGCUUUCAAAAAUUAUCUAUCAACAAAAACUGUAUUCGCGAAUUUUCUUCGACUUUUG